AUGGAGGAGAAGAAACUGAAUUUAGAUGCUCCAUUCCUAUCCGUGAGGCGAAUUUCGAUUAAACCAGAGAAUCCAAGCGAACCAGAUAACACCAAGAACAAGAAGACAUUGAACACGAAGAGGAGGAGGAGGAGAAAAGUCAAAGAUUCGUGUCAAGAUGACCGGAGCUUCGAUCAUGUAAUGAAACCAUCUUUAGUUCCUUUUAAAUGGGAACAAACACCUGGAAAGCCAAAGGAUCAUCAUACACUAUUCGAAGAACCAGACCUAAUCAAAGCCUUUGAUAUCUUCCAAUGGAGCAAGUGA